CCAUUAUUCUUACAAAAACCCCAAAAAGCUCUGGUUUUCUCCAUAAGAGUUUUAAAAAAAAUGUCACUUCCAAAAUCCAAAAAAAACUUCCCGUCGGUGACGACAUGUGAUACCUCAGCCGUGGACCACCGCUCCGUGGCGGCGGAUCUCGACGGAACUCUCUUAAUUUCCCGUUCAUCUUUCCCUUACUUCAUGCUAGUAGCAAUCGAAGCCGGGAGCCUUCUCCGCGGACUGAUCCUCCUCCUCUCUUUCCCUCUCAUCGCUAUCGCGUACAUAUUCAUCUCCGAAGCAUUAGCUAUUCAGAUGCUAAUUUACAUUUCCUUCGCCGGACUCAAAAUCCGGGACAUCGAGCUCGCUUCACGAGCUGUUCUCCCGAGAUUUUACGCAGCGGAUGUGAGGAAGGAGAGUUUCGAGGUUUUUGAUCAAUGUAAGAGGAAAGUCGUGGUUACUGCAAAUCCGACUAUUAUGGUUGAGCCGUUUGUGAAGGAUUUUUUAGGAGGUGAUAAAGUACUUGGAACAGAGAUCGAGGUGAAUCCGAAGACUAAGAAGGCUACUGGAUUUGUGAAGAGUCCUGGGAUUUUAGUUGGGAAAUGGAAGAAAUUGUCAAUUUUGAAGGAAUUUGGAGAAGAAAUGCCUGAUAUUGGAUUGGGUGAUCGAGAAUCUGAUCAUGAUUUUAUGUCCAUUUGCAAGGAGGGUUAUAUGGUGCUCCCUAGCAAAUCAGCAAAACCAGCACCACUUGAUCGCUUGAAAAGCAGAUUGAUCUUCCAUGAUGGUCGCCUGGUGCAGCGCCCAACUCCAUUCAACGCGUUAAUCAUCUACAUUUGGCUGCCAUUUGGAUUUGCUCUCGGAGUAUUUCGCGUAUACUUCAAUCUCCCUCUCCCUGAGCGCAUUGUUCGUUAUACAUAUGGGAUGGUGGGGAUCAACCUCGUGAUCAAAGGCCCUCGACCACCUAAACCAUCAGCAGGGACCCAAGGGAACCUCUACGUGUGUAAUCAUCGUUCAGCCCUUGACCCUAUCGUCAUUGCUAUUGCACUCGGGAGGAAAGUGUCAACCGUCACGUAUAGUGUGAGCAAGCUCUCGAGAUUCUUGUCCCCAAUUCCAGCCAUUGCCUUGACACGUGAUCGCGAAGCUGAUGCUGCAAUGAUCAAGAAAUUGCUCGAGAAGGGCGAUUUAGUUGUAUGCCCGGAGGGGACUACAUGUCGAGAGCCGUUUUUGUUGAGGUUCAGUGCUCUGUUCGCGGAAUUAAGCGAUAGGAUCGUGCCAGUGGCAGUGGACACAAAGCAGAACAUGUUCUAUGGCACGACUGUCCGCGGGGUGAAGUUUUGGGAUCCAUAUUUCUUUUUCAUGAACCCAAGGCCAACUUAUGAACUGACAUUUCUUGAGCCAUUGCCAAUGGAAAUGACUUGCAAGGCUGGUGGGAAAACAUCAAUUGAGGUAGCCAACCAUGUGCAGAAAGUGUUGGGUGGGGUUCUUGGAUUUGAGUGCACUCAGUUGACAAGGAAGGAUAAGUAUAUGUUGCUUGGUGGAAAUGAUGGCAAAGUGGAGUCGAUGUACUCAAAGAAAGCCUAAACUAGAUUUCAUUGGGAGAAAGGUAUUACAGCUUAAUUGCUUUGGGGGGACUUUACUAGUAAAAUCUGUGUUCAGAAUUAUAUAGAACUCUGCUGUUGAAGGGGCUAUGUUUUUUUUACAUUGAUUAGUUACUCCGUAUUCGUAUUCAACAGACAAUAUUAAUUGAAAUCAAAUUUGUGCCUGGAUUAGCUUCA